GAAGCAGCAGCAUGAUGCAGCCGCGAUGGGGAGGCUCCUUCCUAUACGCGGGCGCGCGCGCUUGCGAGACGACACAGCUAUAGGGCGGCGCUGCGUGCGAUAAUCAAAUCCUCGCGCGUCGUCCUUUGCACACAUGCAGCGCUGUCCUGACCGGACGAUCAAAGUAUCCAAACGUUCUGGACAACCUUCACUAUACCACAUCGCCUCGCGCGUCAUCUAGUUGCAAAGCAUUCCAAAGGUCUUUCGAUUCGUCAGAACACAUUCUAGCACAAGAUGUUGGCUGCACGAUCUGCUCUGCGCGCUUCUAUGCGCUCGGGUGCCGCACCCUCCAGCCGUCUCUUCAGCUCCUCGGCCAUCAAUAACAAGGCCGUCGCUGUUCUCGGCGCUAGCGGUGGUAUCGGACAGCCUCUGUCUUUGUUGCUCAAGAACGACCCUCUGGUCACCAAGCUUAGCCUCUUCGACAUCCGUCUCGCCCCUGGUGUCGCUGCCGAUAUUGGCCACGUGAACACGCCCGCCGUCACCACCGGAUAUGGAGCGGAGGACAAUGGUCUGGAGAAGGCUCUUGAGGGCGCCGAGCUGGUUGUUAUCCCCGCUGGUGUCCCUCGCAAGCCAGGCAUGACCCGCGACGACCUCUUCAACACCAACGCCUCCAUUGUUCGCGACUUGGCCAAGGCUGCUGCAAAGGUCUGCCCCAAGGCGCACCUCCUCAUCAUCUCCAACCCGGUCAACUCCACUGUCCCCAUCGUUGCCGAGGUGUUCAAGAAGGCUGGUGUUUACGACCCCAAGCGCCUCUUUGGUGUGACCACUCUCGACGUGACCCGCGCCUCCACCUUCCUCAGCGGCAUCGCAAGCUCUCACCCCGCUGAGACCAUCGUGCCUUGCGUUGGAGGUCACUCUGGACCCACAAUCGUUCCUCUCCUUUCCCAGGCCAAGCAGGGAUCCGCUGUCAAGGCUGGCGAAUUUUACGAGAAGCUCGUGCACCGUAUCCAAUACGGCGGUGACGAGGUCGUCAAGGCCAAGGUGAGUGCCGGAAGCGCCACUCUCUCCAUGGCCUACGCUGCUGCCGUGUUCUCCAACUCCUUGAUCCGUGCCAUCAAUGGCGAGGGCAACGUCGUCGAGUGCACCUAUGUCGACUCUCCUCUCUACAAGGACCAAGGCGUUGACUUCUUCAGCUCCAAGGUCACUCUUGGUCCCGAGGGUGUCAAGGAGAUCCACCCUGUCGGCCAAAUCACACCCGAGGAGGAGAAGCUCCUCGAGGCUUGCUUGCCAGAGCUUUCCAAGAACAUCAAGAAGGGUGUCCAAUGGGUUAGCGAGAACCCCUGAGCGUUCAGAAACUUUUCCGCGAAGAACGUUCUGGACACCAAAACAGGGGCUCAUUUGUUUGACUGCGCAGGAAUCGUUCAUCGUGCACGCUGCCUUUCAUCGGUCCUCUUGUUGCCCACAUUUGCGUAAUUCAAAAAAUUGGCGAUGAGAGCUUGCGAGAAUUCACCCCGAAUUCACCGCUGCGCUUUGAGCUAGAUUUGCUGCGAGUGACCUUCAUGCUCGGCUCGGAGAGGGCGGCUAGCUGCAAUUGGUGCGGUCACGUCAUAACACUAAGCCCAUCGACGGUGCUUCCAACUCACAGACUGACACUCCUUCAAAUGCAGCCCAG